AUGGAGAAAAUUUAUGAGGUUUUUUAUGUGAUCGUUAGAUUCAUUUGCCAUGGGCUUGUCAAUGGUGAGAAGUAUAUUUUCAGAGUCAGAGCCGUUAACGCAGCGGGACUCAGCGAAUUUUCACAGGAUUCAGAGCCUAUAGAAGUGCAAGCAGCCAUUGGGGGAGGAUUGCUUCAUGGUGUGUGUCCUGAACUGAGUGGUAAAGCUGGCGAACUAACAGACUGCACUGCCAGCUGGGAAGGCAUGCAUGAGUCCUCCCAGCCUAUCUUUGACACAGAUGCUUUGCUAAAAUGCAAUGCUAAAUUUAAUAGAGAGACACUAUCCAGUAGCUCUGACAGACUGGGCAGUACAGGAGACAAUAAGACGAGAGAAAUGGUUAAGGAACAUAUCACAUCUGCACUGCAAAAAGUUGCUGCUAAGCAGGCAAGUAAGUCUCGAUCCGGGCAUCUGGAAAAAGUGUCAGAGAAGAAAGAUACAGCUGCUCCAUCUCCACCUUAUGACAUCAUGGUACUUGAGAGUGUUCGUGACUCAAUGGCAUUAGGAUGGAAACAACCUAAAGUCACCGGUGGAACUGAAAUUACCGGCUACUACGUGAACUAUCGUGAAGUGGUUGAUGGAGUUCCUGGGAAAUGGAUGGAGGCCAAUAUUAAGGCCAUUAGUGAGAGGGCAUACAGGAUUCAAGACCUGAAGGAAAACAUGGUGUACCAGUUCCAGGUGGCUGCUGCUAACCUGGCUGGGGUUGGGACACCCUCCCUACCCAGCCAGCCCUUCAAAUGUGAAGAAUGGACCAUUGCAGUACCUGGGCCACCCCAUGAUGUCACAUGCACAGAAGUUAGGAAAGACUCUUUGGUUUUGCUGUGGAAGGAACCAGUUUAUACUGGUCGUAGUCCAAUAGCUGGUUAUUAUGUUGAUAUGAAGGAAACUGAAGCAAAGGAGGAACAUUGGAGAAGUGUCAAUGAGAAGCCACUGCAAAAUAAAUUCUUGAAGAUAGGUGGCCUACAAGAAGGUGUGAGCUAUGUGUUUCGUGUGCGGGCAACAAACCAGGCUGGUGUUGGGAAACCAUCAGAUGUCACGGAUCCUGUUGUAGCUGAAACACGACCAGGAACCAAGGAAGUUGUGGUUGAUGUAGAUGACAAUGGAGUAAUUUCCUUGAACUUCGAAUGUGAUCAGAUGUCCCCAAACUCUCAGUUUGUUUGGUCCAAAAAUUAUGAACCAAUUGAGGAUGAUUCUCGACUGAGCAUCGAUACCAAAGGCGGAAAGUCAAAAGCUGCCUUUAAGGAUCUUGGAGAAGAUGAUUUGGGAAUUUACUCUUGUAUUGUUACAGACACUGAUGGAGUUUCAUCAAGCCACACAAUUGAUGAGGAAGAAAUGAAACGCUUGCUUGCUCUGAGCCAUGAGCGCAAAUUCCCAACUGUCCCACUUGCCUCUGAGUUGGCAGUGGAAAUUUUGGAAAAAGGAGAAGUGAGAUUCUGGUUGCAAGCUGAAAAACUGUCUGGCAAUGCAAAGGCCAACUUUGUAUUUAAUGAUAAAGAGAUUUUCAAUGGAGAGAAAUACAAAAUGAAGGUGGACCAGAAGACUGGCCUUGUUGAAAUGAUUAUGGAUAAACUUGAGGACAAGGAUGAAGGGACUUACACUUUCCAACUGCAGGAUGGAAAAGCAACCAAUCAAUCCAGCCUUGUUCUCAUUGGUGAUGUAUUCAAGAAGCUGCAGGAUGAAGCAGAUUUCCAGAGAAAAGAAUGGCACAGGAAACAAGGUCCUCAUUUUGUGGAUAAACUGGGAUGGGAAGUUACCGAUGACUGUAAUGUGAUGUUGAAAUGUAAGGUGGCUAAUAUUAAGAAGGAAACACACAUUGUAUGGUACAAAGAUGACAGGGAGAUAAUGGUAGAUGAAGAACAUGACUUUAAAGACGGAGUGUGUACUCUGCUGAUAUCAGAGUUUUCUAAGAAAGAUGCUGGCACAUAUGAAGUCAUACUGAAGGACGACAGAGGAAAGGACUCCAGUGAGCUGAAGCUUAAGGACACAGCUUUUGCAGAUCUAAUGAAUGAAGUAUGCAGAAGGAUUGCUUUAUCUGCGACAGACCUGAAAAUCCAGAGCACAGCUGAGGGUAUCAGACUGUACUCCUAUGUUACUUAUUAUGUGGAAGAUCUGAGAGUAGGCUGGGUGCACAAUGAUACACAGAUUAGGUUCACAGACCGAGUGAAGACUGGUGUCACUGGGGAGCAGAUCUGGUUGCAGAUCAAUGAGCCGACUCCACAGGACAAAGGCAAAUACACAAUGGAACUCUUUGAUGGUAAAACAGAACACAAAAAGACAGUGGAUCUUUCUGGACAAGCAUUUGAUGAAGCCUUUGCUGAGUUCCAGAGAUUAAAGCAAGCAGCGAUUGCAGAGAAAAAUCGUGCACGGGUACUUGGAGGUUUGCCCGAUGUUGUUACCAUCCAGGAGGGCAAGGCACUUAAUCUUUCUUGCACUGUCUGGGGAGAUCCUACCCCAGAGGUCUCAUGGCUGAAGAAUGAAAAAGCAUUUGUAUCAGAUGCUAAUUGCAUUCUGAAAUUUGAAUCUGGAAAAAAAGUCAGCUUUUCCAUUUCUACUGUGUCCACACUCGACUCUGGGAAAUACAGCAUUGUGGUGAAGAACAAGUACGGCACAGAGACCAGCGAUGUCACUGUGAUUGUGAUUUCUGUGUCAGGACAGACUGACACAGUCCAAGGACACGAUCAAAAUAAUAUAAAUGUAUCUAAAAAAAGAAAAACAAUGACAGCAAACAAAAGGAAGGAAGGGGAAAAGAAAGAUUUCAUUAAGCCACACGUAGAAGAAAUUAUUGCUACAGAAGAGACACCUAAUCCAAAUGAAAUCCUCCCUGUGGAAACAGAAAAGAACAUGAAAAGCAACCAGCGAGCAGCAAAGAAGACUGAUGGGAAGGCAGCAGUAGCAGAAAUGGUUCCUCAGCCCACAGAAAGCUUGGAUAGGCAGGGAAAGAAACCACUGGAAAAAAAGCCUUGA